UCAGACAGCGCGUCUGGUGGCCGAACAUUUCCAAAGAUGUCCAAAACUGGGUGGAAUCUUGCAAGAUGUGCACCUUAAACGGAAAACCCGAAAAGACAACACCGAUGGAAAGAAUCUUUGCUCCAAACGCAGUCUGGGAAAUGAUUGCUAUUGAUUUUAAUGGUCCCUACGCAAAGUUUGGUGGCGUUUCGAUUUUGGUACUAGUGGACUACAGAUCCAGAUAUCUCAUAGCAAAACCCGUGAAAUCUACUUCUUUCGAGUGUACAAGCAGGACACUUGAAGCGGUUUUCGAGCGAGAGGGGUAUCCAAAGUUCAUCAAAUCGGAUAAUGGUCCCCCAUUCAACGGCGAUGACUAUAAGCGAUAUUGCGCUCAGCGAGGAAUAACGACGAUAUUCUCAACUCCACUGUUCCCGCAGCAAAAUGGAAUGGUGGAAUCCUACAUGAAAUUGAUUAACAAGGCAAUGUCAUCAGCGUCCUCGGGUAACAGCAGCUUCGCCGAUGAGCUUCGGGAGGCAGUCAACGCUCAUAAUGCCGCUUCUCAUAGCGUAACAGGUGUACCGCCGGAAGAAGUCAUGCUGGGACGUAAAGUCAAACGAGGACUUCCACUAUUACAGCGUGUCAAAGCGACAUUCGACGAAAAGUUGUUGGAAAGUUCCGAUCGGCAGUCAAAAAUAUCGGGCAAAAUUCGAGAGGAUGCCAGACGUGGUGCCAAACCAUGUACGGUAAAACCUGGUGACACGGUGGUAGUAGAACGGCAGAACCGUGCUAAAGGUGACACUCGUUUUCACCCAAAAACAUACACUGUCAAACACGAGAAGAACGGUAGUUUGGUGCUAAAUGACGAGACUGGGCAGGAACUUCGACGACAUGUGUCUCAAACCAAAAAGGUGCACGUAUGGCGCGAAGAAACGAAGAAACCGACAGCCAAUCCUUGCAACGAUGAGCCCAGAAAUACUGCGUUAUCUGGCACCGUGGAUCAAUCGGCUGGUGCAUCUGCUGUAGCCAAGCCACAAACGACGACAGCGCGAGACGUACGAAAGAGGAAAGCACCUAGCCACCUCAAAGAUUACGUUCGAUCGGUGCUGGAUAAUCCACGCCACAUCCAAUAAACCACUGCAUCCAGGACGAAACAUCGAUCGAUUUCUUGGUUGCGCUCGUUUUUACCUUUUUUUGCUGUUCUUUAUUUUGGUAGAGCUGUCACCUUCAAUUGUCAGACCCCAGUGUUAAAACGAUGCGCAUCGUCGUAUGCGGUUGACCAAGGUUUAUUGAUUAAAGAAGGUAGGCUGACCCACUGUAUUAAAUAACCUUUGAAAUGAAAUAAAAUAUCAUCUUAUCAUAAAUAAUUACGUUCAAGAUGAGAUUGAUUGUUAAAACAUGUUGACUAAUCCGAAGAAGUGUUCUGGGAGUGUUUUUUACAGUUGGUACGGUAUAUCCGGUAUGUACAUAUAAAUAUUAUCGUCGAACCACCAAAUCGAAGUCGUCUUGAAUCACAUGCGAAGUAAAUUUGAAUCUAUGUUUUUUUUCUGUUGCGCAUCAUUAAGCUAAAUAAAAGCAUUCAUAAGCUUCAAUAAAUCCAAAGUCACAAAGGAGGAUUAUUCCUGAAUCAUGUUUUGUUCAAUGUUUGUUUUCAUAUGUCUUGCUCGCUUACUUGAACGGCACCUUCAGUUGAUUUCUUCUCACGACUUCGAACGAUUGUUUCUAUAUCAAAUUAAAAUAGUGCCUAAACAAAAGUUAUUGCAAUUUCAUUUGUCGAAAAGAGAAAAUCUUAGU